AUGUUUUCUAAUAAGUUAGGAUUAAGCUCAAUUUUAAAAGAUGGAUAUAGGAUUGUAAAAAAUAACGAGGAUACUAUUUUAAAAAAUAUUGAAGCAUGUAAAGAAAUUAGUAGUAUUAUUCAAACAUCACUUGGUCCUAGAUGUAUGAACAAAUUAAUAAUAAAUCAUAUCAAUAAAAAGAUUGUGUCAAGUGAUUGUAUAACGAUAUUGAAAGAUUUGGAGAUAAAUCAUCCAGUUGUAAAUAUUUUAAAGAAAUUAUCAGAAACGAUGAAUUAUGAAUAUGGUGAUUUCACAAAUUACGUUUUUACAUUAACAACAGAAAUGUUAGAUAAAGCUAGUUUUUUAAUUCAACAAGGUUUUAAUAUCAAUGAUAUAUUAAAUGGUUUUUUAUUGGGAUAUAAUGAAAUAGAAAGAUUUUUUCCAGAACUCAUUGUAUGGAAAUUAGAGAAUUUUUAUGAUGAGAAAGAAAUUGAAAAAGUUGUGAAGUCAGUUAUGAUUACUAAACAUUUAUCAAAUAAUUAUGAAUAUGUAAUUAGUCUGUUAUCAAAAUGCAUAUCAACAUUGAUGCCUGAAAAAAUUGAAAAAUUUGAUGUUGAUAAUAUUAGAAUAUCUAAAUUAAAUGGAGGAAAUUUGAUAGAUUCUCAAUUUUUGAUGGGUAUGGUAAUACCAAAAGAAACAAAUGGAAUAAUAAAAAAAAAAGAGAAUGCUAAUGUGAUAGUUCUCAAUUGUGGUUUAGAAGCAGCAACUACUGAAACAAAAGGAACAGUUUUAUUACACAACGCGGAAGAAUUAUUAAAUUUUACUAAAGGAGAAGAACAACAAAUGGAGAAUAUUAUAAAAAAUAUAAAAAAAGAAGGUGUUGAUGUUAUAAUUGUGAAUGGUGCUAUUUCUGAUAUAGCUCAACAUUUCUGUGAUACAUAUGAUAUAAUGACAUUAAAAAUAACAUCAAAAUUUGAAACAUUAAGAAUAUGUAAAUUAUUAAAUGUUUCUUCCUUAGUUCGAUUAACUGUACCAAAACCAGAAGAAAUUGGUAAAGUGUCAUCCAUAUAUGUUUCAGAAAUUGCAUCAAAAAAAGUUACCAUAAUUAACUCUAAAAAUAAAAAAGUAGGCACAAUUAUAUUAAGAGGAGCAACUUAUAAUUUACUUGAUGAAGUAGAAAGAUGUUUACAUGAUGGUAUUAAUUCAAUCAAAAAUGCCAUAAAAAAUAAUUCAUUUUUAUAUGGUGGUGGUUGUGUAGAAAUACAACUCUGUGAAAGAUUAAAAAAAUAUGCAUCUCAAUUAAAAGGUGUUGAUAAUUAUAGCGUAAAGAUUUUUGCAGAAUCCUUUCAAAUAAUACCAAAAAUAUUAGCAACAAAUUGUGGGUACAAUAGUACUGAUGUAUUAAAUGAACUUAUUAACGAACAUAAUAAAGGCAAUACUGAAGCUUGCAUAAAUAUUAAUAAAGAUUCACAUACUACAUCAGCUAAAGAAAAUGAUAUUUAUGAUAAUUUUAAAUGUAAAAAAUACGCAAUUGAUUUAGCAGUUGAUGCUGUUCAAACUAUUUUAAAAAUUGAUCAAAUUAUUUUAGCUAAACCAGCAGGUGGCCCUAAACCACGAGACAAAAACCCAGAUUAUGAUGACACCUUUUAA